GUCUUGCAGGGCAGAGAUACCGUAGUUUGAGUUUGUUGUUCGAACCUUUUUUAAUGUUUUAAAUUUACAGCUGUGACAACCAGUGUUUGGCUUUUUGCAGAUAAGUCAAGAUCACUGAAACGAAGAGCUGAUAUGACCAGUGACAACAGAGAAAUUGGACUCAAAGCCGGACUUAAAGACUCAAAAUCUUUUUCCAUGUCCACACAGCAAACCUGUCCUAAGUGCACCCCAAAACUUACGAAGACAUAUCAGGGAUGCACACAACUAUGACACUACAGCUAUGAAAUUUAUUGAUGCAAGGAACAGAAUUUGUCACUUCAAAAUAUGACCAUAGUCUCAUAGUCUCUUUUCCCAAUUCAUGUAAUCAAGUCAACUAAUCCAGCAAACACUGACUGUGAGGUAGAGAAUUGUCGCCGAUUUAUGCAGAUUGCUUGGUCUUCUGGAAAUCCUCGAAUUGAAUGUGUACACCUUGAAAGAACCUAGAAUGCCAAGUCAUAUAUGGUGGUAUUUUUUCUUUCAGUGUUCACCAAUAAAACAGACAGCUGGUGUCAGUUUGGGAGAACAAGAGUGACAUUUGAUGCAGUGGUAGGACAGUGGACCUGUCAGUGUCAAGGAGCUGGAAGAUCACACCGUUGUGUACAUUGCACAAUGGGAAUGUUUUGGAUUUUUCAGUCCUCAGGCACCUUAGAGUCCACCUCAAAUAUUCAAGUAGAGGACACUGACGAUUUGGAGACUCACAUGGUUAAAAGCAGCAUCGUGUUCAAGCCACACAAUAUGGACAUAAAAAAAAAAAAAAAAAAUCUCUGUGUUAUGACAGAAUACCUUUCAAAAUAAAAACGCAUCAUUCCAGACCUGCAGGAAUUACAGUUAAAGCUGAGGACUCGGGAGGAAGAACCACCACAAUGUUUUGCUCCCUCACCCAUUUGAUAAUUUUGAACUUUUAAAGGCUCUGAUCCAGAUAUGAUUUCUGACAAAGACCUGAAGGUAGGCAUUGUAAAGGCAUGGUCAGAUCUGGACAAGUCACUAAAGGUGGAAGGACUGAUAUCAGGUUUGGAUAUAGUGACAUUGGUCAAUAAUAUCACACACAUUUAAACAUAGGGUAUCAGCUAAUUUUUUUUGUGCAUUUUCAACUAAUCGGAACAACUGUGACAAACCCAUACUGUACACCUGU